AUGACGUCGGUUAUCGCUCGCACUACAAGCUGGGCGGUGCUGCAUCAUCAUCACAUCAACCAGUGCUGGUCCGCGACGCGUAUCGGUGUAGGCAAACAGUUCGCAAACAUCCGGCAAUCGGUACUUCCGCAACCGAGCAAAAGCACCAGCGUACCCGUGUGUCCCUUCGGUACGAAGUUUAGCGUGAUGGGAAAACCAAAGGUUGUGUUCGUUCUCGGGCCCCCCGGUUCCGGCAAGGGUACGCAGUGCGAAAAGAUUGUGAAAGAGUUUGGCUAUACGCAUCUGUCUGCCGGUGAUUUAUUGCGCGAGGAACGCAACCGGGAAGGGUCCGAGUAUGGGGCACUGAUUGAGGACAAUAUCAAGAAUGGUCGGAUCGUGCCAGUAGAAAUUACCUGCGCCCUGUUGGAAAAUGCUAUGAACAAAACGAUUCAGGCAACCGGUAACGAUCGAUUCCUGAUCGAUGGAUUCCCCCGCAACGAGGACAAUCUGCAGGGCUGGACGAAAAAGAUGGCCGACAAGGUGGAGCAGCAGUUCGUGCUGUUUUUCGAGUGCUCCGAGCAACAGUGCACCGAGCGGUGUCUGAAGCGGGGCGAAAGCAGUGGCCGUUCGGACGAUAAUGCGGAAAGUUUGAAGAAACGGUUCAACACCUACAUCAACGAUACGGUAGCAAUUAUUAAGCACUACGAGGAGUUGCAGUUGGUGAAGAAAAUCGAUGCCAGCGCCGGCCCGGACGCGGUGUUCGAACACGUGAAAACUAUCUUCGGAGAACAGAAGUAA